AUGUAUGAGUUUGUGCAAGUUCUCUUGUAUCAGCUUUGGCUGCCCUUAGGCGCUUUAGUGAUGGUGCACGAGGCAACUGUGGGACAUCUCCCUACAGAUGGAUGUGUUGCGGCCCGGUCGCAUCAUGAUCCAGGUGGAUUGGCAACAGAGGUGGUUACAGUGUGGUGGCAAGCUGCUAUGCACCUUGCACCGCACCUCCCUGGGCCAGACUUGACCCAGUCUGGUGCCUCUGUCGCAGGGAUACUCGCAAUUCAUAAAAUCGGGUGGCAGCGGUGUAUCGUCCUAGAUCACGCGCUCAUCAGGAUGUCUGCACAAGCAAGCCGCUGUUCUUGGCUAGUAGCUUCAACCCCGGUGGUGAGGCGAACGGGAUAG